AUGGAAGUGGUAGAGCACGUGAAAGGAAUAUGGAUCCAAGGGGCUCGAAAAAUCGCAGUAAAUGGUCUACCACUCUUGGGUUGCAUCCCGAUUGUUAUCACCAACCUUCCUUCAAAUCCAAAGGAUUCACAAGCUGAGAAACUGCAGGACUUGGAGAGCAAAUUACCAGAAACAGAGAUUGUUUACAUUGACUUCGAAAAAUCGCUACUCGACGUAAUACAAAACCCAAAUGAAUACGAUUUUAAUGAGGCGAACAAGGGCUGCUGCGGGACAGGACUUAUUGAAAUAAGACGACUAUGCAACCAAACGUCGUCCCCGCUUUGUGUUGAUGCCUCCAAGAACGUAUUCUGGGAUGCAGCACACCCAACUGAGAAGAAAUACACCAUCAUCUUCAAAAGAAAUCUUCCAGCCAUCGAUGCAAUAAUUGCGAGCUAA